AUGCUCCUGUUGGCUAUUCCUGAGAACAUGUCUGUGAACGACAGGGCAGGACUAUUGUUGUCUUUUGUUACUGAAAAUUGUGCAGCUCCAAGUUUUCGUGAACUGAAUGCUGUGUUCAAAAGGGUGAGCCUGAAACUGUCUACCAAUCCUUCUGUUGCUCUUGUUUUAGCUGUAUACCAAUUGUCUGCUGCUCUUGCUUUUAUCUGUAUAUCAAUUGAGGUGAACUACCUCGACAUCAAGGAGCUGCUGGACCUGACCUGCCAGACAGUUGUUUACAUGAUCAAGGGCAAGGGCGCUGACAUGAUCAACCGCAAGACUCCAGAAGAAAUCCGCAAGACCUUCAACAUCAAGAACGACUUCACCAAAGAGGACGAUUAUCAGAUCCGGUGGGAGAACCAGUGGGCCUUCGAGUGA